AUGAACAUCCAAGGUGCUCCGGAAUGGCUCCCCACGUACCUCGUUCCGUUUUUCACCCUCUCGUAUCCCUCUGCGCGACCAGAAGCGCCAGACUCCUUCGCCACAUCCAGCUACUACACGACGGGCUUCCUUGACGGAUGCUUCAUCAUUACCUGCAUAGCAAUAAUGGCCCUCCUCCGCGAUAUUUUCAGGGUAUUCGCCCUGGAACCGUUUGCACACUGGUUCUUGACGCGCAAGCAGCAGUCGUACGAACCUCUGAAAGAUGUCGUCAACGGAUCAGCCGGGGGCGUGUCAAACGGCAACGGACAUGUUAAUGCUGAGGAGAAGAGCGAUGCCCUGCGUAAGAGGCGUCGUGAAGAACGUGUCGUUCAGAGGAGUGUGCUUCGGUUUGCAGAGCAAGGCUGGUCUGUGAUUUAUUACUCUAUUCAAUGGGCUUUCGGUCUAUAUAUCCAUUGCAACCUCCCAACUGCACCUUUCAAACCCUCCUUAGUCUGGCUAAACUACCCACACAUCCCUCUACCUGGACCUGUCAAGCUGUAUUAUCUAACACAGACGGCAUUCUACAUGCACCAAGUACUCAUCCUCAACGCUGAAGCCCGUCGUAAGGAUCACUGGCAAAUGAUGGCUCACCACGUUAUCACGAUCGUUCUCGUGGUUCUGUCUUAUUUCUACAACUUGACCCGUGUUGGGAGCUUAAUCAUGGUUCUAAUGGAUUACUGUGAUAUUUUCCUUCCGCUGGCUAAGAUGCUCCGUUACCUUUCUCUCCAAAAGAUUUGCGAUGCAAUGUUCACCUGGUUCCUCAUUUCGUGGUUCAUAACCCGCCAUUUCUUUUUCAUCCUUGUCAUCAAGUCGUUAUACUCGGAUGGAUCAACGCUCAUUCCCUUCAUCUGGUCCCCAGAGGACAAUCAUUAUUGGACGUACGAAAUUUGGAUGGGUUUCCUUGCACUUCUUAUUUCCUUGCAGUUCAUCCAGAUAAUUUGGUUCGGCAUGAUAUGCAACGUGGCAUGGCGUGUGAUUAGCGGUCAGAACGCAGAAGACGUACGGAGUGACGAUGAAGGGUAA